AUGGAAGUGUUUCGACUUGAAAAGGAAAUUUUGAAAUAUUUGGGAAUCGAAAAAUAUUCAACAAAACGCAUGAAGUAUGUCACUGAUGUACAAAAAUUUUUGAACAAUCUAGCGAUGUUUUACUGUGUUUUUGUUUCGGCUUCUUACAUUCUCUCUGCAAAAGACCUUCUUGACAUGGCUGAAAGCUUGUCACCGAGUACGUCUGUGCUCGUUAUGUUGAUAAAAUAUGCAGUAUUUUGUAAACGAUCUGGACAGAUUUUCGGAUUUAUGGAUGAAAUUGAGGAAUUCAAUGGUCUUUACAAGGAUUUUCCAAAUGCCAGAGAAAUACUGACAAAAGCCAAUAAGCAGUCAGUAAAAAUCACAACUCCAAUAAAAUUUUUGGUCAUUGCAAUUUCAACGUUUUACAUAAUGAAGCCUUUGAUAGUUGACUUAGUUUAUUAUUUAUUCUAUGGCAUCCAACCAUCUCGAGGUGUUCCACUUAAAGCUGAAUUCUUUUACGAUGUAAAAGAUUCGCCAGCUUAUGAAUUGAUAUAUCUGCUACAAAUUUACCAAAUAAUAUUAACUUGUUUCUUAACUUUUGUCACAGCUUCAGUUUAUAGCAAUUUCUGUCACAACAUUAGUGGUCAUUUUGAGAUCCUUCGUGGCUCAAUUAAAGACAUGAAAAUUGACGAGUUUGUCAUCUACCACCUAAAAUUGAUGGACAUAACAAACAGGCUUAAUUUAAUCUAUAAGCCAAUGAUUUUUACAACAUAUACCAUUGGAACAGUUGUUUAUGUUGUACUUGGACUUGUGAUCAUAACUGCUGAUAGCUUUUUGAAAAAUUUAACACCAAUUAUGCACGCAUUUGCAGCUCUGAUUUAUGCCGCUAGUUUUUCAUAUGGAAGUCAAAAAAUCAUGGACUCUUCUGAGUCUAUUUGUGAUGAAGCAUAUAAUAUUGAUAAAGAUUACAUUAUGGUACUCAUGAUGGCCCAAAAGAAACUGAGAUUUACGACCCCAUUUUUUGAGGCGUCACUUGAAACGUUUAGCUUUAUGCUGAGUCGAUCAUGGUCGUUCAUUGCUGUCUUAAAUUCGUUUGUUUAA